AUGACCACUCAUAAUUUUAGCGAGUACAUCAGGAAAAUAUUUUAUCCGUUUCUAAUCAAACAUAAAAUCAAACUUCCUGUUAUUCUGUUUGUUGACGGCCACUCUUCUCAUGUGGCUGUAGAGGUGGCAGAUUUGUGCCUUCGUUUGGGGAUAAUCUUGAUAGCUCUCUAUCCGAACACCACUCGCAUAAUACAACCCGCGGAUGUUUCAAUUUUCAAACCACUAAAAGAUCAGUGGAAAAAGGAGGUUGAUUAUUGGCGUUACGAUCAUCCUGGAGAGCCCUUAACUGUGCGACAAUUCGGUCCAGUGUUGGAAAAGGCGGUGAGCAAUGGGAUAAAACAAGAUAGUAUCACAAAUGGUUUCCGUGUGUGUGGGUUAUAUCCCUUUAAUGCAGACAACGUCGAUUAUUCUAAGUGCAUGGCUGUAACUAACUGUUUGAGCACUAUUAAUAUCUUCAACACCACAAGCAUUGUUUCUUCUAAAAGCAGUACUGUUACGGAAACACCUACAACUUGUGAACCAAUUUCGUCAACACUUUCAGCUACAGAUUUCACGUCAAUUCCAUCAAAAGACACAGAAAUUCCAUCAGCGGUGUCAAUUCCAGGAAUAUCAGCAAUAGAAGCGGCAACACACAUGACUUUCACCUUGUCUCCUUAUGUGUCAGUUCAUACGAAUAAGAUUAAGCAAGUUCUAGAGCUUAUGGGACCAUCAACUUUGGCUAAGACCCUCGAAAGGGCAGAUGAAAAUGAUACUCAUGAGCAGAAGAUCAUACGCUUUUUCUAUCAGGAAUUUAUACAACCGUAUGUCGAUAUCCAGUCAACACCAGCAGAAUAUAGAAAUGAACAAAACCAUGAGAAUCUAAAAUCUUUUACGGAAAAUCUUUCCAUACCAAAGUCGUCCACUUGCAACGUAAGCGAUGGGUCCAACAUAAACGAUUAUGACAGAACUGUUACGCAGAAUCUUGAAACCACUGAUCAGCCGCCGUUUAAUGAUGAAAUAACUGUUCUUGGAGAGCUCACUAUUUCUAAUGAAGGGAACGUAUCCUUCUCUGGGGAUUAUUCUCAACAAGAGGUUGUGCGACUUUUGGAAGAAUCGAACAAACAAAUCUCUUCACUCGAUAUGCAGAAAGCUACGAGUGGCAUAAGUACUUCAUUCACUGAACCGACAGUCAAGCAAUCUCACACAGAAGCACUUCGAGAUGUUACCAACAAAAGAAUUAACAGCAGAAAAACCAGCAUUUCCGACUUCCUGCAGUUACCACCAGUACCUCACAGGAGUGGAAAACAUCGGAAUUAUGCCUAAAAGUUCCAUCCAGUUUUAACUGCGGCUGAGCGAUUGGAGGAAAUUCGCAAAGUGGAAAAAGAAAAGCAGGACGUUGAACAUAAGAAGAAGAUUAGAGCAAUCGAGCGCGAGAAAACGAAGCAGGAAAAGCUUGCUACAAAACAAGAAAAAGCUCACGAGCGAAAAAAGAAGAAAAUGGAUGCCGAACUAAAAAAACGUGAAAAUGUGAGAAGGAACCUAAAAAGGUCAACAGCAGAUAAAAAUCAACGAAAAGAUAAAAAAGCACCGGAAAGUGGUAAAAAGCGAAAGAUGGAGAAUCAUGAUGGAGAAUACUAA